CUUUAACUGGGUAUUUCAAUUCUUUUCUGGGUUUAUUAAAAUUCAACGCCUUUUUUGGUUCUUGAGUUUCAUCUAUCGGGGUGGAUUUGAAGUUUGUCCGAUCAUCGCCGUGCUAAUUUUUCUUUGUUAGUUUAGUCGAUCAGAUGAAGUUUUGAGGCAAUCUUAUUUAGAUUACUGUGUUUUCCAAAUUGGGUGUUGACUUAUCUCCGGAUUACAUUAAUUCUUUUAUUAGAAAACAGAAGGGAUAGAUGAUAGAACCCGUUUUCUGCUUUAUGCAUUUUUUUCUUUUGCCCUUAAAUUGAAAUGAAGAAUCAGAGGAAAGUUCAGUUUUUUGGUGUUAUUUUUUUUGAGUGAUGAGAGAAACGCCCAACUACUAUCCGAGUGCAGGCACUAUAUAUCCCGCCUUGUAACCUAGGAGAUAAACUAGCCUAGGUUAACUCAAACCAAGAAGGUCAGCAGGUCGCUCUCACAGGGAGUCGAAUUUGUAAUCUCAGAUAUCUUCUUUGAGUACUAGUGACAGUCCAGUACUCCAAUCUGAUCCUGAAUAUAUUGUAACUGAAAAUGUUUGGUCAUAAGAAGUCCCCUUUGCAUGGGAAUGCUAAGAGCCACUCCAUCGUUCCUGGAUCUAACUCGAUUUCAAACCCUUUUGAUUCUGACGAUGAGUGUGAUAAGAAGCAGAAUGUUAAGCAAUCGAGGACUUCUUCCGAGCCUACUCAGUGUACUCUGAAUACUAGUACUAACCCCUUUGAUGAUGAUGAAGCUAAAGGGAAAUCCUCGUCCUCAUCCACAUACUCCUUUACAACCGAGAGAAACAGGUACAAGAAUGAUUUCAGAGAUUCGGGUGGGUUAGAGAAUCAGUCUGUUCAAGAAUUGGAGAAUUAUGCGGUCUACAAAGCCGAGGAGACUACAAAAGCUGUUAAUGGGUGUCUGAAGAUUGCAGAAGACAUGAGGGAGGACGCAACUAAGACUUUAGUCACUCUACAUCACCAGGGCGAGCAAAUUACGAGGACUCAUAUGACUGCAGCUGACAUUGACCAUGAUCUUAGUCGGGGUGAAAAACUUUUGGGAAGUCUCGGAGGCAUAUUUUCGAAGACAUGGAAGCCUAAGAAGACUCGUCCAAUUUCAGGACCUGUUAUUACAAGAGAUGACCCAGUUCAAAGGAGGGGUAACCACUUGGAGCAGAGGGAAAAAUUGGGAUUGAAUUCUGCACCCAAGGGGCGGUCAAGCAGCCGAACCCCUCCUCCUGAACCAACUAAUGCACUGCAGAAAGUCGAGGCGGAGAAGGCAAAGCAAGAUGAUGGGCUAUCAGAUCUGAGUAAUAUCCUGGGGGAGCUCAAGGGCAUGGCACUCGACAUGGGCGCUGAAAUUGAAAGGCAAAACCAUGCUAUGGAUCAUCUUCAGGAUGACAUUAUAGAGCUCGAUUCCAGAGUUAAAGGGGCUAACCAGCGAGGCCGACGUUUGCUUGGAAAGUAGAGCCAUUGUUCUGGGAUCAAGACCUGGCGCAUAUAUAACAUUUCGCCUUCUCAAAUUACUAGAUUUCAGGUUCAUCUUCUUGUUCAACCAUGUUUUGUACUGUGAACCAGCUCUUUCGUUCUACAUUAACAGCAUCAAAAUGCCAACUUUAAUUUGUUGAAUCUAUUGUUGGUGUUGAAUGUUUGCCACUUUUGCUAUUCAUUAAUUUAUCCAAACACUCUCAUACA